CCACCAGGGACUGAGUGAACAGUGUGGCUGACGGCAACGGGAUUCCUGCAAUCAAGACUCCUCAGGGGCAGGGCAGGUGGCACCAAGAUGAGAUGCUGAUGUGCACACGCCCAUACCCACCACCUCGCCCUGCCGCUGGGGUCUCGCCUGGCACCACUGAGCAGCUGCUGCUGUGUGGAAUCUGCUUCCCAGGCCCCCCUGCCCCUACCACCAGCCCUGCCUCCCCAGGCCCACCGCUGCUGCCCUCCAGUCACUCCCAUGGGCCCCAGUGAGGGCCAGGAGGCCAAGCCCAUCCCCCCCACAUCUUGGUGCUGCAGGACCCCACUGUGCCAGCCGAGCACUAUUGCCGUAUGCAUGGGGUUCCUCCAGCCUAGCACCACGUGUCACCCCCCAGGAUGGCCAGCAUGGGAGUGUGGUAGUGCCAUGACCAUGGCAUGUUUGACUCACAGGGAACCAGCUGUGCUGGGGGAUUUACCAUCCAGACAAUCUGCGGGCGCUUUAACGCAAGCUGGCACCAGACUGCUAGCCUUGCUAAGCAGCUGUCAAUCACCCUGCUGGCCCCACAAGGACCCCCCCCCCCCCACACCCAGUCCCCUAUAAAGCUCCCAGCUUUGGGCUCCUUCCCACUGAUCCCAGCAGCAUGUCAACAGCACAGCUGGUGUUGGGGGAGAGUCAGGCUGGCAACAAGCCAGGGGGCCACAGAGGGGUGUGGGGGGCCCCAGGGCUGCUGCCUCCCCCUCACCACACUGUCCUGCAGCUGCCCUGCACCUACCCAGCACCACAGGAUGCCAAUCUGCUGCCGCUGCACCUGCAUCUCCUUGCACAGCCAGUGACAGCUGCUUACAACCUCCAGCUCCUACCCGGCCCCGUGCUGUGCACUUCCUGCUCCGGGCAGGGCCUGCCUACGGAGCUGUCCCGAGCCAAGAUGGCCACCUCCCGGGAGAGCACCAGCACCCUGAAGGCCUGGCUGGGCCAGCACUUGAGGAACCCCUACCCCAGCAAGGGCGAGAAGGUCAUGCUGGCCAUCACCAGCCAGAUGAGCCUCACCCAGGUCUCCACGUGGUUUGCCAACGCCCGCCGGCGCCUCAAGAAAGAGAAGCAGCUGCAUUGGGCCCCCUGCAGCAAGUGGGACAGAGAUGUGGGCGAGCACCAGCCCGGGGUGCAGGGUGAGGGGCUGCAGGGCAAGGAGCCAGGUGGCAGCCCCAAGGAGGGCAGCCCUGGCCCCUGCCUGGAGUCAGAGCACCAGCACCCAAGCCCCAAGCUCCAUGCUGCUGGGCUGAUGCAGGAGACGCAGCCCAAGCUCUGGUGUCUGGCUGAGAUUGCGACGUGCCCUCGGUGGGAGCAGAGCAGCCACCUACGGCUGGAGGUGGCACUGCCUGGCUGGGGCCCUGGGCACCAGGGUUGGCAGGGGGAGCCACAUACGUCCUACCCCCCCAGCUCAGCCUGGCCCUUCCUUGGCGAACCGAGUGCCACCGAACGCUCCCUCUGUAAUGGCAGCAACCGCCGUGGGCCUCACUGCGGGAGAAGGGGCUCAGCCCAUGGGAGCCCACGCUGUGCACAGGCCCUCCCAGGUGGCCAGCAGUGCAAGAGGCAGGGGGGGGGCUGUAGGUUUGGGGGAUGCUCUAGGGUAAAGAGUGAGUCUGUGGGGCGCAGAGGGCCUGGGGGAUGGUUCCUUGAGUGGCUCCCAGAAGCCAGUAAAAUAUCUCGGGGGUGGGGCUGGAGGUUGGGGAGAGGGUGAGGCCAGGGGCUAGAGCCUGCGGCUCAGGCGACAGUGAGGGAGGCCAGGCAGAGCGGGUUUGAAGAGGCCCCAGGCCCCAGCCCAGGCGAGGUUGCUCCCAUUGUGGUGUUGCCAGGGCUCUCACCAGCCACACAGGAUGGCAAGCGACAGGCCAAGCGAGGCAGUGGGGCCAGCCCCACGUGCUCAGGUUGCACUCCAGCCACACUGGCCCCAACCUGGGGCCCUGGUGCUCCCCUGAGGGGGCACAGAGCCUAGCUGGGGUUCAGGGGAGGCGCCCACACAGCCAGGGCAGUUGGGCUUUGCUAUGGUCUAUCUAAUAAAGAUGAAUUAGCAACACGAUGUCACCAGCCUCUUCCUGGGCGUUACCAGCCAGCGGGCGCCAGCAUCCCCCACCCCCUGACCUAGGGAUCCUACUGCCACAAGCUGGGGAGGAGGCGGCACA